AUGGAGAAGAUCGAUGCAAAUGCCAAAAAGGAGGUGGACGCUCUUGGUGAUGUCCCCCCCUCUCGUUUCACCCCCAGGAGCUGCUGCUUGCCAGCCCCUGCCCAGUUUGUGUUAGUGGCUGUGCUCGGCUCUUUCCAGUUCGGCUACAGCUUUUCUGCUCUUAACACAUCCAAGGCAGUCAUUAUCGCUGACUUCGACUGGUGCAAGGGCGACCCGAACCACUUCAUCGAUUGCAGCAAUGGCGUGCUCUACGGGUCUCUAAUUACCACCGCGGUCUUCAUAGGCUUGACUUUCGGUUGUCUACUUGCAGGGCCUGUAACGAAUUUCGGGCGCCGCGUGGCACUGAUUUUGACGAAUUUGCUCUUCCUUGUGUCCAGCGCCCUGGCAGCCGCAGCAGAUGGGGUCGCUUCUCUUUUCUUGGCCCGUCUUUACCAGGGACUGGCUGUCGGUCUAGCCACUGUAUGCGUGCCCAUGUACAUUUCUGAGUUCACGCCGGAUAGCUCUCGUGGUUUCUACGGCACGCUGCAUCAGCUGCUGAUUACCAUUGGUAUUCUGGUGGCGACUCUGUUGGGUCUGGCCUUCGGUUCCCCACCGACGGACACGGAUUUCACGUACAAGGUUUCCCUGUUCCAGCAGUGCUGGUGGCGGUUCAUGCUGGCCUUCCCCGCAGCGGUGUCGAUUGUCGCCAUUCUUUUGCUGUGGUUGGUGUACACCACAGAGAGCCCUCACUUCCUGAUGCAUCAGGGGCGCAAGAACACGGCGACGGCGCUGUUAAGAGAGAUUUUGGGGAAGGAAGAUGUCUCUCAGGAGGUGCAGACAAUCGACGUUGCAAUCUGCCAGCAGAAGGUGCUUGAGGCCGAGAGUCUCUCUCUGGGCAAGGCGAUGACAUUCCCGAUCUACCGCCACGUGCUCCUUUUGGCCUUUUUCCUGUCCGCCUUCCAGCAGUUCACUGGCAUCAACAUUCUGGUCGCCAACAGCAACAAGCUCUACACCUCUUUGGACAUCGAUGCUUCCCUGGUCACGGGUCUCUCCGUUAUCUUUGGAUUUGUUAACGUGCUCAUGACUGUGCCGGCCAUCUUCCUGAUGGACCGCCUUGGACGCAGAACGCUGCUCCUGUCGGGCUGCUUCGGGCAGGCUGCCUCUACCAUUAUCGCCCUUAUUGCAAACCUGGUCGACCGCCACAACACUGGCGUGCAGUGGCUGACAGUGGCUUGCAUCUACGUGUUCGUCAUUUCCUUUGCAGUUGGCUACGGCCCCGUGCUUUGGGUCUACCUGCACGAGAUUUUCCCGCCAGAGAUCAAGCAGACUGGUGCAUCUGUCGCCUCUGCGGUUAACGCUGUGGCUACCAUUAUUGUUGUUUUGCCUUCUGACUUCGUGCUCACAUCUGACAUGAGGGUCAUGUUGGGCAUCUGCGGCGGAACUUCCCUCAUCGCCUUCAUUGUUUCCUUCAUCUUCAUGAAGGAGACAGCAGGCCUUUCCAUUGACGAGUCUCCUUACUUCAAAGGGAAGAGGAGGGUUAUGAGCAAGUACUUCGAUGUAACAGGUCUUAACAACGCAGGGCAGCCAGUGCCCUCGCUUGCUUCUGGUCAUUUUUCGGCUACCCAGCUUGCUCCUGCCCAGGCGCCUUCCUUCACUGGGAAGGAGCUCACUGUCUAA